GAGACUAGUCAUUAUCGUAACUAGCCAUGCUUGAAAGUCAGCAUAUCUUCUAUAAGUUAACAACCCUUGCGGACGUACAUCGUUAUUGUGUAAGUGCCAUUUGUUCGGAACUAAUAAUUCUGUAAUUUAACACCGGAUCCUCACGUGUUUAACCUGGAUUCAUAUGUAAAACUAAUCUCAUUAUUAUAUUUAUUGGAGAUGGUUUCAGCAAUGAAAAUCAACAAUAAAUCAAAAGGUACAGGAUUUCAGACUACUGACCAUAACCAAAACGACACCAUCUUGGACAAAAGUUCCACUGGUUCGACGAAUAACAUCAAUGUAAAACAAUAUUUAUGUGUUCGCCAUAGCUUGCCUAAAACACAACUGAAAAACGCCAUAUUGUACGACAAUGUGAACGAAAACAAACAUCUGAGAAAAAGACUAUCGACGCUUCGGCGUCACCGAGAGAGGACGUCGCUGUAUCUGGAUAUCAAUAAAAGAUGUUUUGAGUCAGAACAGGAGAAGAAACAGAACAAGUGGAAACGAGAAGAUGAAGAAACGAUAGCUAGCUGGAAUCUGCCGGUUCUGGCACCGCCUCGUGGUAGUAACACACAGGCCAUCCCACAUGCUGAAACCAUUUAUUCGGUUCCCACCUAUAACAAAUCGCCAUCGUCGCACAGGAAACCAGUUCUUCCCAUGCUUUCCUUUAAACGAGAAAAGACAGAAAUAGUUACAAGAGGAGAUAAAACUUUCCUAGCCAAGCUACCAGAAGUAGUGGAAGUGGACUACAAAAAGUUAGAACACUACAAUUCUUACACUGGUAAAGUUAUCAACAAGACAUGGUCUGCCGAUCCUAGAUUCUUGUCUUUAGCAUCUAAUCUACAACCACUAGUGCUUCGUAAGCGAGAUGAGUGUCCGAUUGGAAAGGUUAUGUCCAAAAGCAAGGCAUCAAGAAUUUCGGAACGAUCGCCCAAUUUCUCUGUAAAUCGCCAACCGGCACAUGUCCAUAAACAAGUGGCCGUUGCGUCAAGGCGGUCAUCAUAUUAUGCUUCUACUCGUCCCAGGAGCCACGGUGGAACAGCUUCGAUCAUAAGUUCCACUGGAAAGAUGAACCGCACAUCAAGAGAUUUUACUCGUUAAUUGAACU